AUGACGUCCGCUGAGACCACCGUCGAUCCAUGGAAGAAACUGUUGGCUCUCUCGACAAGUGUCACCGAACCGGGACAAUCGUUCGAUCUGGAACCGCCGAGAGAUGAUGACGUGACGAAAUUGAAGCCGAAUGAUAUGCAAUUCCUCGAGUUGGCGAUGCGCAGCACGAUGGGUGGCAACCAAGGACCAUGCCUCUUCACACAAUUCUUCCUUCUUGGCGGAGAGGAUCCGACGGAAUUCGCCAAAAAUCCGGCGAAGAUCGCCGCAGCGAAGGAACUCGCCGAUCAACUCGAGGACUAUCUCAUUCUCGGAAACUUCGCCGAUCAGUUCGUCUCAGCAAGAGGCCUUGAGGCUAUCGCCAAUUUGACGCUCGCCAAAGACGAAGAAGUUCAACUUCUCUACCUCCGUCUCAUUCCACAAAUCGCUGAGAACCGUCCCGAGUUCCAGAAGGCCAUCGCCGAGUCGGAAGUCUUCCGAACAUAUGUCGAGCUCUUGAAGAACUACGCGACGAUGAAGACGCACAUCUUUUUAAGUGUUCUCUCUGCUAUCUCCUCAAUCGUCCGCUCGUCUCCAGAAGCAUGGCUAAAAUUCUACGAGGCUAAUGGAAUCGAGCUGCUAAAGCUUGUCGCUAAACAUGCGAUGAACGACAAAGUCGCCGGACGGGCUGCCUAUCUGCUCUACAGCAUCCACUUCACUUUCGCAGAGCCACCUGUCGGAGACCGUAAGCGGUACCAACACGAAGAUGAGGACUGUGGUGGAGAAGAGUGGACAGAUGAGGAGGAGCUGUACGCAACAGUUCUCAAGGAAAGAACAACAGCGGCGGGAGGGAAGAAACUGCGUGGAAUCCUCGAUAAGCCAUCAAAUUCCUAUCCUUUGCCAUCCAAACUUCAAGAGAAUGAAGCGAAAGAAGAUAAGAAGAGUCGAGAGGAAUCGGAGAAGAAACUCCCUCAUGAGCAUGAGCUCGUCGACGCGUUGCUCGCGGUCUACAUCUAUCUCAAGAAGCGAGUCAUCCUCAUGACUGAAUGGAAGGAGCUCAACGAAGAGGACUUCGAUCAAAGCACGCUCGACUUCAACGAGGACACGCUGCUGAAGAUUCAAGAUCUCCUUCUCCGCGCUCGCUGCACCGACAUGACGGACGCCACGAGAACCGAGAUGUCGGACUUCUUCAAGAAGCACCAUCGGGCUCUCCGCUUCGAACACCAACAGACUCACCGCAAGAAGCUGGAUCUCAAAAUGGAUUCUGUCGCCAAACGCUUCCUGGUCCCACAGUUCUACUCGAAGAAAGAGAUUGUGCAGAUGAAGGAUGCGGUGGAUAAGAAGAUGAAGGAGGCCGAAGCGGCUGACGAGGAGAUUCGCAAGAAGCAAGCGGCACGUGCGGAGGAAAUGGAACAGAACCAUCAAACGGUAAGGCAGAGGAUGGAGCCACAAGUUCGGGUGGAACGAGCAGACGCAGCCACACAGUAUGCAGCGUUCCUGGACCAGGAGCAGGUCGCCGCUGAGGAAAGAGAGAAGAAGGAUAAGGAAUGGAAGGAGAAGCUCGCAGCUGAUUCCCAGCAGCCAUCGACGUCUUCUGCUGCCGGCCCAUCAACUCCAACUCGUCCAGCUGCUCCAUCAACCGAGACCAGAAAGACCCCGGGAAGAAGAGCGAAAGGCAACAAAUAA